UAUUGGAUUUAGCAGAAACGGCGCUGCGUUUUAUCCCCUGUGGUAAGAGUUUGGGAGGCUACAGCAGUUUUUUUUAAUACCGAAGGUCGCUGUCUGGUGGAAAUAAUGAGACGUCAUUAAUAUGGCGCCAAAAGAUUAAUUUCUGAGAUAUACAGCAAGCGACUGGUCCUGGAGUGUAAAAUUUCUUCAGUCAGAAAAAAGUUUCGAGCAUUUUUAAACGACGGUCGGAGUUUUGUUGAUAGUCGUUCCACAAUACCGCUGGUUUUGGUUUAUAUUUAAUUUGGGUUAUUUUAUAAACCGUCUUUUAUAGUAAAAAUGUUUGAAGGGACAAACUGGAAUUUAUUUAUUUAUUUGAAAUUCUGAAUGUAAUGAAAGCAAUUUAGAUAUAAAGUUGAGAGCUUUUUCAUGGAACUUGAAAAUGUUCAAUGGGACCAGGCAGUGUACAGGUUUUCCACAGUCUGAGAUGACGCUGUUGUGUUGCCGAAUGUGUGUCAGCACAUGUUUUUAAGAUCCAUGUCAGGGCGGAACAAACCGCUAAUAAAGUGGUGUAUAUUUGAACAGAAAUGGUGCAGUUCAGCGACAAAGUUGUUUUCUCUCUCAAGUAGACAUAGCUACGUUUUAAUUACAUCUUCACUGUGUCCACAAACCAUACUUAUUACCUAACAUAUUGCGAUGGACACGUGCAUGCCUGUGUAGCUGAGUGUAAUUGCAGUAUGACUGCAUGUUUCAGUGAACAGUAAGGGUUGGAAAAUUACGGAUGAUGGAUGCAAGAAGCAGAUGCUGCAAGUUUGCACCCCGAAGGGCAGAUUGCCUGUUAGUAACCAGAAGCAAACCAUGAAGCGAAGCAGGCUUUCCAGCAGCAGUGAGGACUCUGACAAUGGCAGUCAUUCUACCUCCUGGUCGCAGCAUUCCAAAUCUCAACAGAGGAGAAACUCCUGGUCCAGACAUGAAGAUAGAAAACCAUCUGAGGUGUUCCGAACAGACUUGAUCACUGCUAUGAAGGUACACGAUUCCUGCCAGCUGAACCCAGUCGAAUACUACAUCCUGGCAGACCCCUGGAGGCAGGAGUGGGAGAAGGGAGUCCAAGUGCCAGUCAGCCCCAAGUCCAUUCCAGUGCCAGUCCUCAGAAGUGUGGCGGAGAAGGACAAGGCAAUAAUGUUUACUAGAUCGAGAAAGUUAAUACGCUCCUCUGGUUCUGAGCCACCAGAACUAGGGAACGUAGACAUCUGUACCCUGGCAGACAGCAUGUGUCGCUACGACCUGAAUGAAACAGAUGUAGCCUGGCUGGAGGUCGUGAAUGAGGAAUUCAGGGAAAUGGGUUUGCCACAAGUGGAUGAACUCACUAUGGAAAGGGUCAUGGAAGAAUUUGAGUGGCGUUGUUAUGACAACAUGAAUCAUGCCAUAGAGUCUGAGGAGGGACUGGGCAUCGAGUACGACGAAGAUGUUGUUUGCGAUGUCUGCCAGUCACCUGAUGGGGAAGACGGGAACGAAAUGGUCUUCUGUGACAAAUGCAACAUUUGUGUGCACCAGGCCUGCUACGGUAUCCUCAAAGUGCCUGAAGGCAGCUGGUUGUGUCGCACCUGUGCUCUGGGCGUCCAGCCCAAGUGUUUACUGUGCCCUAAAAAGGGUGGGGCUAUGAAACCGACACCCAGUGGAACAAAGUGGGUUCAUGUCAGCUGUGCUUUGUGGAUACCAGAGGUGAGCAUUGGAAGCCCAGAGAAGAUGGAGCCCAUCACAAAGGUGUCGCACAUCCCUGACAGUCGAUGGGCACUGGUGUGUCACCUAUGCAAGGAGAAGUCAGGAGCCUGCAUACAGUGCUCUGCGAAGAACUGCCGAACUGCCUUCCACGUGACAUGUGCGUUCCAGUGCUGCUUGGAGAUGAAGACCCUGCUGGAGGAGAACGACGAGGUGAAGUUCAAGUCCUUCUGCCUGAAGCACAGUGACAAGCCGGAGACAGAGGGGGGCUCGGAAGAGGAGGAGGAUGAGGAAGCUGGGGAGGUGAAGGCAGAGGUGCUGAACUCCAACCAGCAGAGCAUGAGCCAGCGAAAGCAGAAACUGCAGCAGCUGGAGGAGGAGUUCUUCAAGUUUGCCAACGCAGGCGAGGUGGCGCAGUCCCUCCGGCUGCCAGAGGAGCAGGUGGACUUCAUGUACCAGUACUGGAAGCUCAAGAGGAAAGCCAGCUUCAACAAGCCGCUCAUCACUCCCAAGAGGGAUGAAGCGGACAACCUGGCUAAGCAGGAGCAGGACGUGCUGAUCAGGAGGCUGCAGCUCUUCACACACCUCCGGCAAGACCUGGAACGGGUUCGAAAUCUCACGUACAUGGUGACGAGAAGAGAAAAGAUGAAGAGAUCUGUGUGCAGAGUACAGGAGCAGCUCUUCCACCAUCACAUUAAACUGCUGGAGGAGCAGCUUGCAGGUGUUCCAUCAUCGGGCUAUUUGGGAGACGCUUUCCUCUUCAAAUGGCUCGCUCCUCCUCUGGAAGAUACAAAGAAGCAAGCUCUUAAAAGCUUUUAUUUCGGCCAGCUUCCGGGACAUUUUGCAGGAAAGCCCUGGCCCGUUAAAGAGUCUCACAAGGGAGAGAAAGGCAAAGCCUCAAGAGACGUCAGGAUAGGAACGUUGCGGAAGCAGCAAUCAAACUCGGCUAACAACUACGCCGACAAACCAGACACCAGCAGCGACAGUAGCAGCAAAAAGGAGCAGGAACCUCAGGGCAGGCUGCCCAAGGCCGGGGCGAAACCAGCUCACAAUGAAGACCAAACUAAUGUUCUGCUGUCAUUGGAGCACAGAAAAGGAGAACGUGGCCUACGCAGUGAGAACAAACGUGGGCUGCGACAGCGAGCCUCCAAGCCCAGCCAGAAGCCUCAGAGACCCAUAGAGGAGACAGCACUGAAGCAAUCCGACCUCAAGAGGGCACCAUCCCGUCGCUUGUCUGGGGAUGCAGUGCCUAAAUGCAAUGGCUCUCUGAAGAAAGCCAACUGCAACCAAACCACCGCUCCAGUGCCUACCUCCCCGCCCAGCCCCAUAAAAAACUGGGGAGGCUUCAGAAUCCCAAAGAAAGGGGAGAGGCUCCAGCACGUUGAGGAGCAGCCAGAGGCCUGCCAGAGGAAAUUGCCCACUGAGGACUUGAGCCUGGGCAGGGAUUCCUCUAAAGGUAGAACCAAGGCUCGACUGAAGAAAGAGACUGAAAGCGAUGGAUACACCCCAGACGCUGAGCCCAGUGACUCGGAGACGGAUGCAAAAGACAAAAAGUGUCGGCAGCCGCAGCGACUCAGUGCGAGCGCAUCCCUUAACAGGAGGUACAGGACAGACAUCAUCCGGAGGAGCAUCAUGGCUUCUUGAGGGAUGGAGUUGGUUACAAUUUUUUUUCUUCUCAGAAAAUGUAUCUUGUAGUAUGCUUAAAAGAUUCCAUCACCAUGCUGGUACUUUAAGAAUAAUGGGCUUUGAAGUGCUUUGAGAUGAGUAAACAAAGUCCAGGUUGCUUUUUUGGCUUUUUGUUAAACUGAAGGUAUUGAAUAGGGACCUGAUUGAAACACAUGCAACCCCCUCCAAUUCAGAGAAACACUACAUUACUUUUCUUUGAAAGUGAAGUUUGAAAGCUUGAUAGACCAAUUGCGAUGAAACUACUGGGUCUGUGGGCCAUAGCACUGUCUUUUUUAAAGUGGUCUAUUUUUGUUAAAGAAAAAAAGCUGCACAAAUUUUAUUUAAAAAAAAAAAAAAAAAAAAAAAAUUGAAAAAUGAAUGACAAUAUGGUAAAUGAUUAUCAUUAUGCACUGCAGCACCCAAUUAUGUUGAUUUUUGUCAACUUUGGUAGUUGCUUCCAUGGCAUUGUUUGCCACGUUUUUGUUUGUGGAAAGUGAUCGUUAUAUUGAAGCUUAAUUUUAGCCACUUUUUCAACCGUAAGUAAAGUCUUAUUUAAUUUUUUUUCUUUUUUUUUUAAAGGGAGGUGGGGUGUAAUCCUUGUUAUUAUCCCUGUCUUUUCUGCAGAGGUCUAUUUCACUACGGAGAUACCUGCUAGGAGGGCUAUGACUAAAGCAGCAAUCGGUACCAGCCUAGCUAUCCCCUUCUAGAGGGUAUAGAAAGAUCUGCACUAAUGUCUAGGGUCUCCAGGGCAGAUCUGAGAGAAACUCACUGAAACUAAGCUAUUACUUGGAACAUAUUUGUUAGUACAAUAAUAACGAAUAUAUUUAAAAGGAAAACAUAACUCCUGAUCCACUGCAAACAAUUCAACACGCAAUUUGUAACACACACAGUAGUUUCCAUUUUUUCUGGAAAGACUAAGCAGAGGCUUAAAAAGGCAGUGUGGAGUAUUUUAAUAAAUAACGCAGUGAAAUGUUCACUUAGGAGGGACAGGACAGCUGAAUCAUUUGCUCCUGGUAGUUAAUUGUGACCCUUUUGUGAUAUGUACAAUACGUUUUAUUCAUAUAGUUUGAGCUCUUGCCAAAUGUGGGGACGGCAGUCCCCUACAGCCCCUCUAGUAAAACAUAUUUUGCGAUUUAUCUACAAUAAGCAAUAAUAAUAUAUUGGGCUGACAGCAAUAAAAAGGGUAACCUUUUUUUGAGAAAAUGAAUAAAGUGUUACAUU